AUGGAUCCCUCCCCAGUAUCGCCCCCACAGCUUACAGCCCCUGAGACGAGUCCCCAGGCCAAAUCUCAGACCCUCGAUGACACCAUGGCAAAAACUCCGCCCUGCAGUCUUCCUGCUGAGCCCGAUCCUGGUGAUAGGAGGGAAGACCGGGAUCCGGCCGAUGACCCUGGAACGGGCAGCAUCGACCGAGCUCAGGAGCAAAAGUUUCUUACAGGAACCAGGUUGCAUCUGGUUUCAACAGCCUUUGGCAUUGCCAAUAUCAUGGUUGCCUUAGAUAGCAGUAUCCUUGCGACCGCAUUACCCACCAUAAGCUCAAAUUUUGGGUCUACGAAUGAUAUUGGAUGGUAUGGCAGUAGCUAUCUGCUCGCUCAAAUGGCCUCGCAGCCAAUUUGGGGAAAGGUAUACACCUGUUUUGAACCGAAGCGAACUUAUCUACUGUCUCUGAUCAUCUUCGGGGUGGGCUCUAUCCUUUGUGCAGCCUCUCCUAUGUCGGCUUGCCUCAUAUUAGGCCGCUCUGUCACUGGCUUUGCUGCUUCGGGGCUGCUGGCAGGAAGUCUUUCUAUCUUUGGUCAAGUUGUGCCAUUAAGACAACGACCGCAGGGUAUGGCAUUGAUGGUCAGCAUUAGCAACAUUGCAUCGAUGAUUGGAAGUACGAUCGGUGGUGUGGUUACCGAUUCCGUUCUGACCUGGCGAUUCUGUUUUUGGAUAAACGUCCCGCUUGGGGUUGGCUGUGCUAUAGUUGUAGCACUGAUUCUAGAACGCAAGCUACAUCCCGAUCAAAAGCUUCCUCUAAAAGACAAGCUACAAAGAAUUGAUCUAUUCAGCUUCCUGCUUUUAUCAUCGAGUCUCAUUUGCCUGUUCUUGGGGUUUGAAUGGGGAGGCCUAUCAGUUUCUUGGUCAAACUCGAAAGCAUGGGGAUGCUUGGUAGGGUUUGCCCUGUUGGGCAUUGCCUUCAUUGUUGUGCAGGCAUAUAAAGGUGAUAAUGCCGUGAUCAACUUAAAAUUCAUGCGCCAACGCACCAUAGUGGUGUGCUAUAUCUUCUCGUUUUUAUACGGUCUAGCAAUCUCUACGCACCAAUGGUUAUUACCGACAUAUCUACAGGGUAUUCACUAUACCUCAGCUACCCUUUCGGGUGUUAUAUGCUUAGCAUUUUCUGUUCCAAUGACCAUCUUCGGCUUAUCUACGGGCUUUUUCACCACGCGGUUCGGUUAUUACGUUCCUUUCAUGUGGGCAGGGUCUGUGUUAUACGUUGUCGGAAGCGUGCUCCUAUUCCGAUUAGAUGCAGAUAGUAGCCCUGGUCAUUACAUCGGAUACCAGAUACUAGCCGGUGCAGGCUGUGGAAUGGCAAUCCAAGUCACUUUUAUCGCCGUUCAGGUCGUGGUCUCGCCUCAUGAUAUGGCUCAUGCUUGCAACAUGGAAGUGUUGUUCCGCCAACUUGGGAGCUCCAUUGCCAUCAGCUUGGCCGAGAAUAUUUUCCUGUCCAGCGUCACCUCACCACUUGAGAAAAUUGUUCCUGGGGAGAGCUCUUCCAUUCUGACUACCGGGAUCCGUUCAUUUGUGCAAACCGCAAAAAGCCUCCCAUCUCAUGAGCAGGUAGAGGUAAAGAAUCUUCUCGACUAUGGUAUUACACGAGCUUUCAUCCUACCACUCGCGGCCACCUCGGCAGCGGCAAUUGCUAGCUGGGCAAUUGAGUGGAGAAAGAUCGAAGAAGACAGGGAGCCCCCAGUUCUCAUAGAGAUGAGUUGA